AUGUCCAUCUCCCACGACCCCCAGCCUCCGUAUCCCCUUGACGAUUCGGUCAAAGAUCUUCUAGAUCCGGAGUAUGUGGAUUUCUACAACAAGCAUGUUAUCAAUUUGCAACAGGUUCAUCUCCAACCGGUUGACGCCUCGCGAACCGGCGGUGUCUUAAUUCCCGGGGGUGGGCCGCUGCUCGACGUCGGAAAGACGGAAGAUAUUACCAUCCAACGACGAGAAACAGAGGGCCCGGAAAUUCUUCUGCGGUCUUUCACUCCCAAGGGAGAAAAGCCCGCGUCGGGAUGGCCGGUAAUGCUCUAUUUUCACGGAGGAGGCUGGGUCCUGGGGAACAUUAAUACGGAGAACCCCGUAUGCACCAAUCUGUGUGUGCGGGGAAGCUGCGUUGUCGUGACGGUUGACUAUAGACUGGCUCCCGAGAAUCGCUGGCCGGCCGCCGUGCAUGACUGCUGGGAGGCUUUGCUCUGGCUCAUCGCCGAUGGUCCCUCAAGACUUUCCAUCGACACCUCCAAACUGGCUACCGGGGGCUCUUCCGCCGGCGGAAACCUCGCCUCGAUCGUCACGCACAAAGCGCUCACCUUGUCCCCUCCCGUGCACUUCCUUGCCCAGCUACUCUCCGUUCCAGUCGCAGAUAAUACGGCGACGGUCGAGAACAAUGAGUCCUAUCGACGAUAUGAACGCACGCCAGCCUUGCCGGCUCCCAAAAUGCUCUGGUAUCGCAAUCAUUACCUUCCCAAUGAGGCGGAUUGGGCCAACCCCGAGGCGAGUCCGCUGUUCUACCGGGGAGAUUGGUCUCAACUUCCAAGAGCAUUGGUCAUGGUGGGAGAGCUGGACGUUCUCCGAACGGAAGGGGAGCAAUACGCGGAGAAGUUGAAGAAGGCAGGCGUGGCGGUGGAUCUGCAGGUGAUGAAGGGUAUGCCGCACCCAUUCCUAGCGAUGGAUGGAGUGCUACAAGAGGGAAAGAGGUCAAUCACAUUGAUGUGUGAUUUGCUGAAGGAGGUGUUUUGGUCUUGA